AUGUCAACCACCAGGGGAAGAUCUACAUCAACAGAAAUAGAGACAAGAUGGUCUGAUAAACCAACUAGAUACAAAGAGUAUGGUAAUGUUAAAUUAGAUACAAUUAUAACUGGUCAUUUAACUCAAGAACAAUUGGAUGCUUAUCAACAAAUUUUCAGAAUUGAAGAAAUAUCCCAUUAUUUAAGAUUAAGUCAGCAACAACAUAGAAGUAUUAUAAAUAUACUACCUUCACAUAAUAUAGAUGACUCAGUCAGGUAUAAAAGAGAUUUAUCACCUCCUCCAAAGUAUGAUAAUCAAGGUAAUAGAGUAAAUACUAGAGAUGUACGAAUUAAAGAAGAUCUCGAAAAGGAAAGACAUCAAUUAGUUGAAUUAGCUGCUAGUUCUAUCAAAGAUUAUAUCGCACCUGAAGACUAUAGAAAACCAGCAAAAACAAUGGAGAAAUUGUAUAUUCCAGUUAAAGAUUAUCCUGAAAUUAAUUUUGUGGGGUUCUUAAUUGGACCUAGAGGUAGGACUUUAAAGAGAUUACAAGAUGAAAGUGGAGCAAGAUUACAAAUAAGAGGUAAAGGAUCAGUUAAAGAGGGUAAAUCUGUGUCUGCAAUAGAGGAUAAAAAUUCAACUGGUGCUGAAUCAGCAGAAGAUGAUUUACACGUUCUUAUUACUUCAGAUUCACAACAAAAGAUAGCUACUGCAGUUAAAUUAUGUAAUGAAAUUAUUGAAAAGUUGAUAUUUUCACCAAUUGGUCAAAAUGAAUUGAAAAGAGAACAAUUGAAAGAAUUGGCGGUUUUGAAUGGUACACUCAGAGAAACAAAACCAUUUGAUCCAGAAGCAUAUCAAAAAAGGCAACAGAAUAGAUUUGAUAUUACCACAGUUAUAUGUAAAAUGUGUGGUAAGAUAGGUCAUUAUGCAAGAGAUUGUAAAAUGAAUAAUGGAAAUUAUAAUCAAUAUAAUAAUACAGAUAGUUAUACGCCAAGACAAGAGGAUGAUGAAGGAGCAAGGAAAAGACAUAAAACUGAAGAAGUAUUACCACCAUGGCAACAACAACAACAAAAUAAUAAACCAGAACCACCAAAAGCAAAUGUGCAAUUACCACCAUGGCAACAAAAUCAAAAUACACCACCACCUCCUCCUCCUGUUAAAUUACCACCAGCACCUCCAGUACAAAAUAAACCUCCUCCUCCACCAAUUUCAAAACCUGCUCCACCACCACCAACUCAAAAGAAACAACCACCACCACCUCCAAAAUCAUGA